UCCACUUUGGUGAACACCUCAAAAUUAGGAAAAAAAAAUUAAAACAAAAAUAGUACAACAGGUCUUUCUUCAGUGAUCCCAGAUUUAUUCUCAAACCCAAAAUCUCGAUUGUAACAAAACUAGAUUCCUGCAAAAACCCUACACACCAAUAACAAACCCUAGAUUAAUCCUCACUCCAAAUCAAACACUGUUCUUUUUGCCCCCUCCACUGAAAUCCCAUCACACAUUGGUACUGAAAUGCCACUUCUUUUUCUCAGAACCCAAAAAAAAAAAUUGAUCUGAUUCUGCUUUGCUUUGCUUUGCUUGCUAGACCAACCUGUUUAUUUUUCAAAAAAGCAAACUUUAUUGUCGGUAAGAAGUGAGAGUAACAAUUGUUACUGCAUUGAGCUUUGUUUGAGAAAUCCAGAGGUGCCCUUUGAGUCUGGAGCUAAUUUGGUGAACUGGGUCUGCAAUUUUAGGCCGUGUUUGGUAGUGGGGCAAUUGAAAGAUUGAAUUUUUGGUAUCUGGGGUUUGAAUGGGAAAGAGAUGAGAGGGGUUAAUGAAGGUAGUGAGGAACAAUGAGUGGAUUGGGGAUUCGUUCGGGGAGUUAUGGGUCUUUGGAUAAACAGCUACAACAGAACAACAUCAACAUCAACAACAAUAAUAAUUACAAUAGCAACGGCAAUAGCAAUAGCAACAAUAACUACAAUAACUACACCGGAGUGUUGUUGCCAAUUCAAACAGCAAGGAAGCCUUCCAAAAUGCUCAAGGAGAAGGAGAGGUUGUUCCAUUGGAUCUGCAAGUUUGCUGGCCGCAAAAAGGUUGGAAUGUUGCUUCUAUGUGUCAUCUCCGCUGCGGUUUUCGUCUGGGUUUUGUAUGUAGGAAAAGGUGAAGAUACACAAGAAGGCGAGAACCAUGUUGGAAACAUUAGCGUAAAUGAGAGCUUCCCUUUAACUUACCCUGAGGAAAGUAACAAUUUAACUUCUUCACCGAGCCUCGGGGAAAUGGUUCAUAGUUUGGCCUUGCCUCCUCCUCCUCCUGCUGCUUUUCUAGGCUACACCCUUCCUCCAGGGCAUCCGUGUAAUACUUUCACUCUGCCUCCCCCACCAGCAGAUAAAAAAAGAACUGGACCGCGGCCUUGUCCAGUAUGUUACCUUCCAGUUGAAGAAGCCAUCGCCUUAAUGCCAAAGGUUCCCUCAUAUUCUCCAGUUCUUAAAAACUUAACAUAUAUUUAUGAGGAAAAUUUAUCUAAAGAUGGAGAAUUCGGAGGUUCAGACUUUGGUGGAUAUCCUACUUUGAAGCAGAGGAAUGAUUCUUUUGAUAUAAGAGAGUCAAUGAGCGUGCACUGUGGAUUUGUCAGGGGAAUUAAACCCGGCCGCAACACAGGAUAUGACAUGGAUGAUGCUGAUCUCCUUGAGAUGGAGCAGUGUCGUGGUGUGGUUGUUGCAUCAGCCAUAUUUGGAAAUUUUGAUGUUAUAAACCAACCAAGGAACAUAAGUGACUAUUCCAAGGAGACUGUUUGCUUCUAUAUGUUUAUAGAUGAAGAAACAGAAGCAUACAUGAAGAAAACUGGCACUCUGGGCCCCAGCAAGAAAGUUGGGGUAUGGAGAGUUGUUGUUGUUCAUAACCUUCCUUACGAGGAUGGAAGACGGACUGGGAAGAUCCCAAAGCUUCUAGUGCAUAGGAUGUUUCCAAAUGCCCGCUUUUCUCUUUGGAUUGAUGGAAAACUUGAACUUGUUGUGGAUCCUUAUCAAAUCCUCGAAAGGUUCUUGUGGAGGAAAAAUGCAACUUUCGCGAUCUCUAGACAUUAUAAACGCUUUGAUGUUUUUACGGAGGCUGAGGCAAAUAAAGCUGCUAAGAAAUAUGAUAACGCCUCUAUUGACUUUCAGAUUAACUUUUAUAAAAAUGAAGGUUUGACCCCAUAUUCGGAGGCUAAACUUCCCAUCACAAGUGAUGUUCCUGAAGGAUGUGUGAUAGUAAGGGAGCAUGUUCCUCUUAGCAACCUCUUUACUUGUCUUUGGUUCAAUGAAGUGGACCGUUUUACUUCCAGGGACCAAAUUAGUUUCUCCAUUGUAAGGGACAAAAUUAUGGCAAAGGUGAAUUGGAGUAUCAAUAUGUUCUUGGACUGUGAAAGACGCAAUUUUGUAGUUCAGAAAUACCAUAGAGAAGUAUUGGAGCGGCUUACUUCUUCAGUUCCUGUUGUUUAUCCACCACCACUGCCACCACCGCCACCGCCACUGCCACCGCCACCACCACCGCCACUGCCACCGCUACCACCAGCUCUGCUUGAUGAACUACCAAUUAAAUCGACAGUUGAAGCUUCACCAGAAAUAGUUGCAAGUACUCCAAUUAGAAAGGCUGGACCCAGGCGUGCAAGAGACAGGAGGUCCAGUUCUAGGCGUCACCGCAAAGUUGCAGCUGGUAAUAGGGACAUCAAUUCCAGAUGAAAUUUUGUUCAAGCUAAGUUACAUUAUUCUUUCUCCUUCCCCCCUUGAAAAAUCAUUCAGCGCGGGGGGUGGAAGAUUCAUGGAAGAUUAUAGUUGUGCUUCUGCUUCCAAAGAGGAGUCUUUCUCAUUCUUUCCUGCAUUUGGAAUCGUCAAAUUUUAAUCAUUUUUUGUUGUAUAUAUAUAUAUAUUAUAAUUAUUGAUUAUUUUCAAUAACUAUAGUAUGGGUUGCCACGAAAAAUCCUUAAACGUAGUGACCCAUUUUGUUGUUCCAUUAUCAUAGUAACAUUGUAUUGGACCUCAAUUAUGUGAAAGUUAUAUUCUUUUUUUUUUUUUUUUUUUGGUUGAAAGGGAUGUGAAAGUUAUAUUCAUGUCUUUUCUGGGAGGUAAUAAAGUUGAUGAAAGUUACUGAAUA